CAUUUUUUUACAAUCAAAUAAUCAAUCAUGGAUUUAUAAUACCUGCUGAUAAUUUUAAGCUAAUCGUUAAUGUAAAUUCAUUUCAAACGUGCUAUCGAUUAUAAUACUUUUAUAUAAGUGUGUUGUAAACUAGACAAACAUGUUAUGGAGGAUACUUCCGAAUAUAAAAAAUCGCCAACAUGGCAAAACUGUGUACACUGUCCAAAUUUACUUUUCAAAACCACCUCGGAAUUCGAAAAGCAUGUACAAGAAAAACAUAGUAUAAAAGAAGGAUCAUUGAUAUUGUGCCAAUAUGGACUAAACGGAAUAUGUUCUGCUCUUCAGUUUGGUGACUUGCGUAAAGCUGGCUUUAAAUAUCAUAUAAGACAACAUCAUCUAUUUGAAUUAAACACUGAUAACUGGGAUUUUUAUUCAUCAUCUCAAAAUUUGCCUGCAGUUUUGAAUGACCCUAAUAGAGGCAAACAAAGUAACUUUUUUACCAAAACAUGGGGAGAUAGCUUCAUUGAUAAAGUAGAGAUAUAUCCAAGUCCUUAUUUACCUGAAAUAACUAAUCAUCAUUUUGAAUCAUACUGCAAGAAAAUAGGAAAACGCUACAGAAGACAUUAUUUAUUGAAGGAUAAAGUACCAAAUAAACAGAAAUGCCAGACUGUAGAAACAGUUUGUGAUGUACCAAGUAUAUUUUAUGAAGCCUCCUUAACCCUCAAUGAUCCAGAUGUUUUUGGGAAAGUCUUUCCAGGUUUGUCAAACUCAGAUGAAAUAAAUCCUUCAAUAAGAUCUCUGCAAGAAACUUUGAGCACAUACCUAGAUGUGAUUGAAAUGAAAAUAUCGAAACAAGUAGCCCAAAAAUCUGAUGCUUUCUUUCAUGCAAUGCUGUCUCAUGAUACUAUUAUGGAACAGAUGGCUAGAGCUAUAAAAACAGUUAAAAGCACAAGACUAAAAAUCAUUGAUGUUAAACAGAACUUGACAUCAGAUCCCUUAAAGCUUGUCAGCUUUACAAGGAUCAAUAAUAAUUUAAAUAGUGUACAUGACAUUUUGAAACUAAUGGCUACAGUUCAACAAACACAACCCAUGAUACAGCUUCUUCUUAGCACAUCUGACUAUGUUGCUGCUCUUGAUUUAAUAAGUUCAACACAGAAGGUUCUAAGUACUCAACUUUCUGGUAUACAAGCUUUCCGUUACCUAUCACCACAAUUGACAGAAAUGAAACGAUUAAUUCAAAGAAUGCUCAGUGAAGAGUUCUCUAAGUUUAUUGUAGCCGAUUUGAAUAGAUCUCAAAGAGAUCAAACAGAGUUACCUGAAAAAGAUAAAUUAGUGUCCAUAGUUUCUGGAAUUUUAAAAUUGAAGGAAUUUGAUUUUUUAGAAAAUUUUAAAAUGGAAGCUAUAACAUCAAUUCAGGCUACAAUAAAGCAGUGUGUUAUAGAAAUAAUAUCUGAAAGAGAUAGCAGUAUGGAAAUUGUAUUGAGAGGCUCAAAUUCUGAUACAUGGCUUCUUUGUAAUGAAGGAAUUAUAUUUUUACACAGAAUUACACCAAAUAUUGUUAAUAUAUUCAAAAGAGUUUUAUCUAUUACUAACCUUAUUUUAGAUGUGAGCCAAAUGACUGAUGUAACGGGAAGCGCAAGUGAAGAUAUCUGGACACAGGCAGAGCUUAAUAUUCUUGAAGAUAAAAUACAAAAACUAAUUAUGUCACUGUCUGACUACAGUAAUGAGAAAUGUGCAAAUUUGAUAGUCACUAAGACGGAUAAGGAUUAUGUUUUUUCGGAUUUAUCCCAUUUAUCAAAAUUGUCCGAGUUGAUUAAUAAUUUUUCAGCACAAUGUGAAGAAAUCACUGGUCACUACAGUAACGCCAUGAAAUUGGCCUUAAGAAGUUUUGCCAUGAAGUAUAUUCAGAAUUUACAUUCAGAAAGGAGAUCACAGUUAACCAUAGCUCUUAAUAAUGAAAGAUGGAAAAUUGCCAGUGUCCCAUGUGAAUUACAGAGUAUGAUAACUUCAAUUUCAGAAACUGGAGAAAUACCAAACACAUUUACAUAUGAAAUUAAAAAGACGGAUGCUAAAUAUUUAGUAAUCAACAAGGAGACAUAUGCGGUUGUGGCAACUGUUCAACUAUUGAUAAAAAUAUUAUUAGAAUAUUGUGAUGCAAUGAAGAGAUCUCCUGAUAUUGUUCAAUAUUUGGUUCAUUGCAUGCUAGAAUUGAUUCGUUUGUUUAAUUCACGGUGCUGUCAAUUAGUUUUAGGUGCUGGAGCCAUUCAAAGUGCAGGGUUAAAGACUAUUUCCACAUCCAAUUUAGCUCUUGUGUCCCGUUCUUUGCAAGUUAUAUUGUGGAUUUUACCAUUUAUAAUUAAGUUGCUAGAAGAAUUACAAUCAAAAGAAUUGUUGCUAAAUGGGUUUCAAAGUAUAUUAAAUGAUAUAGCCGGUCACAAGCAAGAAAUAGAAAAUAAAAUUAGUGUGAUUGUUAGUAAUAUGCUUUGUUCACAACUUGGUGGGUGGGAUGCUAAACCACCAGUUCCUUCUCAAACAUUCCGAAAUAUUUCAAAACAUUUAGUGAAGUUACAUGAAGCUCUUACGGAUAUAUUACCUGUAGGACAAAUUAAAAAAAUUUAUAUGAAAGUUCAUGAAAAUUUUAAGGACAAAUUAAGAGAACAAUUGGUUAAAAUGAAUAUAGUAGCAAAUGGAAGCCCCCAACAUGGUAUUGUGACAUCAGAGCUAACAUUUUAUUUACAAACACUAAAGACAUUGAGAGUGAUUAAUGAAAAUGAUCCUGAAGACAAUAUUUUAUUUGAUAUAUGGUUGAGUUUUGAUAGAGAAUAAAAUAAAAUUUUGUACAGUACA